AAUAAAAUUUACGACGACGCUGUCGUCUCCACUUUCGACGCCUCCGUCAUCACCAGAAAGAAGGGCUGGCGAAUCAGCAUCUGCGGAUCAAUCAGCUUCUUCCUCGGCGCCGUCAUUAACGCCGCCGCCGUCAACAUCCUCAUGCUCAUCAUCGGCCGCGUCCUCCUCGGCGGGUUCGGAUUCAGCAACCAGGCGGUGCCGCUGUAUUUAUCGGAAAUGGCGCCGGCGAAAAUCAGAGGAGCGGUGAACCAACUGUUCCAGCUGACGACCUGCCUCGGAAUCUUGAUCGCGAAUCUGCAACCUCCUGAAGAGAACAGAGCACCGAUGGCGGCGUUACAGUAUGAAUCUUCUUUUUUGGAUUUUCAGGAAGUUGAAUCAUGGUUUAGUGUUUCUUCAAGAGGAGAGCACGGAGCUGGACAACGUCGAUCUCUUCGGCAACAUUCUCGGGUCGGUAGAAACCGGUGCGCGGGUCAGGAACCCAGCUGCUCUUGCUCGCUUCCCCUGUUUUCUUCACCAUUCCGCUCGUUGCGGCGGUUACAGAAGAAGAGCCCCCCUUCCUUGCCGCGGCUUUUCCGGCAGCAGCGGCGGCGGAGAAUCCUCUCCACCCGGUGA